GGGACGAUACGGAAUGUGAAUGCGAAUGCGAAUGGGCAUGGGGAUGGGAAUGGGAAUGGGGGGAUGAAGACGACGAAUGGGAAUCAUAAUACUGUGACGAAUGGGAUGAAUGGGGGAGGAGGAGGAGGGAGCAAAACGGAGUUGUUGCGCGAGGUGGAAAAGUUCUCGAGGUAUAAGAUUGAGCAGUUGGCGUUGAUUAAGGAGGCAAAGAUAUUGGUUUCGCUGGCCGGGGGGUAUGUGUCGUUGCAUGAUUUGGGGACGUAUGCGUUGCAGGAGCAAUUGGGGAAGACGAAGGGGGCCACGACGUUUGCGGUUACUUCGAAUAUUGUCAAUGAUCCGGAGACGGGGGUGCCGGCGAUUGUGUCCAGGUUGGCGGUGGCGGUGAAGAGGAAGAUAUUGGUGUGGGUGUGGAGGGAUAUGGAGAUGGAGGUGGAGCGUGGGGUCAUGGAGAUGACGCUGGUUAGUGGGAUUAAGACGCUGACGUGGGUGUCGGGGACGAGGUUGGUGGCUGGGUUGGGGUCUGGGUUUGUGAUGGUUGAUAUUGAGGGGGAGGGGACGGUCGUGGACUUAUCUGGUCCCGCGGGGAUAGGUGGGUUGGGUGGUCAGGAGAGUACUGGACGACUGGCGGGCGUGGGUGUCGCCAGUAUGAGUUAUAUUGGGAUUGGAGGCGCGGCGCCGAAGCCGUUGGCGACGAGGUUGAAGGAGGGCCAGGUGCUGCUGGCCAAGGACAUCAAUACGCAUUUCAUUGAUGUGCAGGGGAAUUCGCUGGGGCGGAGACAGAUCCCCUGGAGUCACGCGCCAGCGGAUAUUGGAUAUUCGUAUCCGUUUUUAUUGGCGUUGCAUGACUCCUCCAAGGGGGUGUUGGAGGUCCGAAACCCGGAGACGUUGUCGCUAUUGCAGUCGAUUCCGCUACCCUCGGCCAGCAUUAUGCAUAUCCCGCAGCCGACAAUCAGUCUGGCGCAUGCUGGGAAGGGGUUCCUGGUGUCGAGUGAUCGGAUAAUUUGGAGGAUGGAGGCGCUGAGUUACGACACGCAGAUCGACUCGCUGGUCGAGAAGGGGUAUCUGGAUGAGGCGAUCAGUCUGGCGAGUAUGCUGGAGGAUGCGCUGCUGCGGGACAAGCAGGGGAGGCUGCGCCAGAUCAAGCUAGAGAAGGCCGAGGGGCUGUUCAAGAUGCGGAAGUACUGCGAUUCGAUGGAUCUGUUCACGGAGAUCUCAGCGCCCCCGGAGACGAUCAUUCGGCUGUAUCCGAAGAUUAUCGCGGGCGAGCUGUCGUCGAUUGUCGAGGAGCCAGAGGAAUCGGAAGACGGUACGUCGGACAGUCAGCCCAAGACACCGGAGAAUCAAAACCACACGGACGGGUCGGCUACGGAGGAAACACCGGUGCCGAAGACACUGUCGCAUGCUCCCUCGGUGAUGUCGCUUCUGCGGACGCGAACAGACGAUGGCAGUGAUGCGGGCAGUAUCCGUGCGAAGGUCAUCGAAGAUGCUAAGCACGACAAGGCACUGGAAGGAAACGAUCUGAAACUGGCUGUUCGUGAGCUGCAGAGAUACCUUGCAGAUGUGCGACGGAGGUUUCAGCGAUUUCUGAACCCAGAUGGCUCGCUGAAGGUGAUUGAUCUGACGGCGGACGGGGCAAACGAUGCGUUGACGGACUCGGUCAUGAAGCUGCUAAGUAUCGAUAAGGAGGACGACUAUGACCUCGGGGAGAGGCUGCGGGAAAAAGCCAGGCUUGUGGAUACUACCCUCUUCCGGGCGUACAUGUAUGCCAUUCCUGCGCUGGCAGGGUCGUUGUUUCGCAUUGCCAACUUUUGCGACCCGGACGUGGUAAUGGAGAAGCUGGAGGAGACCGGGCGUCACAACGAUCUGAUUGAUUUUCUAUACGGGAAGAAGCUGCACCGGCAGGCGCUGGAGCUGCUCCAGAAGUUCGGGAAGGCUGACGAUGAGGAAGAGACGGCACCGCAGCUGCACGGACCGAAGAGAACCGUUGGGUAUCUACAGAAUCUGUCACCCGAUCAUAUCGACCUGAUCCUCGAGUUCGCGGAGUGGCCGGUGCGGGAGCACCCUGAGAUGGGCAUGGAGGUCUUCCUGGCAGAUACGGAGAACGCAGAGACCCUGCCGCGGGAUCGGGUGCUGGACUUUCUGGAGGACAUUGAUGUAAACCUCGCUGUCCGAUACCUGGAGCAUAUUAUCGGGGAAUUGAACGAUAUGUUGCCGGAUCUUCAUCAGAAGUUGCUCAUGCUCUAUCUGAACCGGCUGAAGAAGCAUCAGACGAAGCAAUGGGAGUUCUCUAGCGAGCAUGACUAUGUCGAAUGGCAGAAUAAGUUCUUGAAUAUGCUCAAGUCCAGCUCCCAGUAUUCCCCGGCUAAGAUUCUUGAUCGACUUGACCGAGACGAUCCUGAAUUUUUCGAGGCCCGCGCGAUUGUCUUUAGCAAGAUGGGACAGCAUAGGCAAGCCCUGGAGAUCUACGUGUUCAAGCUGGAGGACUAUACGAAGGCUGAAGAAUACUGUAACCAACUCCAUAAGAUGGAGGAUACGGCAGCCGCGGACGGAACGACAUCGCGCUGCGUAGCCUUGCUGGCUUAUGAGGAGGACAAACCAUCGAUUUAUCUAACUCUAUUGUCUCUAUAUUUGUCUCCGCCUCACGACUACAAGCCCCGGUACGGGCCCGCGCUCGAGGUACUGGCCAAACAUGGAUCCCGUCUGCCGCCGAAUUCUGCGCUGGACCUGAUCCCCGAAUCACUCCCCGUCAAUGAGCUCGAGUUUUAUUUCAAGGGCCGUAUGCGGGCCGCCAACUCGAUUCUGAACGAGAGCCGGAUCGUAGCCAACCUGCAAAAGGCCGAAAACAUCAAGACCCAGGCGCAGCUGCUGGUAGGCGAGGGGACGGACGCGCGAUCAACGCGAUCGCGACAUGUCACCAUCACCGAAGAGCGGGUAUGUGGCAUCUGCCACAAGAGAAUUGGAGGAAGUGUAAUCAAUGUGUUCCCGGAGUAAGUCCAUAGUAGCCUUUGAGUUGAGCGUCGCUGACCGGAGACAGUAAUACGGUUGUCCAUCUUGGCUGUGCCAAUCGCAUGCGUUGAGCCCGUGAUAUUGUCUGUAUAUAGAGGUUUAUUGGUAUCGAUUGAUCGGUUUGUUGUGUUGAUUAUUUCUUUUCUUUUUGACCUUUCUGUUUCUUCCUUUUUCUCUUCUUUUUUUUUUUCUCCCGCAUCUUCCUCACUCAUGUCUUGUUCAAGCAUACCGGAGUGGCGGACAUUUCCUGCACUAUGAUGAUACCCCGGGAUAGCGGUAUUCAAGAAUUCCAAUUCCAAUUCCAAUUCCAUCCAAAUGCAUAUGACGAUUCAUUAUUCGUUCGUUUGUUCGUUCGUUCCUCGUCAAGCCGUAGCCUCCCCGACUUCGAGCUCAGAUCAACCCAGUAGUGAAAAUCAAAUCAAGCAUCCUCCUCCACAA